UAGCAAGGACUUCGAUAGUUUUCCAACCAACUUGGCUAACUAGUUAGUCACAUUCAUUAGUUUUACUUGCUACCUUUCUGCGCGGGGUAACCGUAUAGAUAAUUAGCCGAGUAGAUUCGUGAAAUUACCGGAACAGCUGGUUAAGCAUUUUGCAAGAUGUGUCUUAUUUAUCAUGCAAGUUGCCUAGAUCAAUACCCUGGCAAAUGUAUUUUUUUUCUACAGCAGGUGUGUAUUCUAACUGGUUCAAUAGCUAACGUAGCUGAGCGUUUAAUUGUUUGUUCAUAAGCACAGUAGUUGGCCAAGUGAUUGUGUUCCAUAUGCACGAAUAACCCUGUUUAGUGGUGAACCCUGAGAUUCCGUAUAUACUUCUGAUCGGCCAGCCUUUCCAUCACAUUUGUUUAACUGUGAACACACUGUUCGAGGCAUGAGGUGGACUGACCAAGUGACGUUGGCUACACAGAUCUUGGAAGAUGGGUCGUAGCAGUGUGUUAAAAGAACUGCCUUCUUUCGGAUUUAGUUUAGUGCUGUCGAUACCUACAGCAGCUAAGUUAGCCACACAGAUCUUGGAAGAUGGGUCGUAGCAGUGUGUUAAAAGAACUGCCUUCUUUCGGAUUUAGUUUAGUGCUGUCGAUACCUACAGCAGCUAAGUUAGCCGUCUAUAUGUUAAGUGUUGUGCAUCCGGUAUUUGGCUACCCACCCCUGUUUGAGCGCGUUUCCUCGGUUUAGUCCUGCAGUUAUUAGACGCCAUUUUCGUUUAUUUUUCAAUGCAAGAUGCCAUUUUAGGGUCUGAGGUCAGAGGCAUCAGCAAGUGCCAAUCGGCAAACUGCUGAGGGCUGAUGUUGUCCCCAGGACCGCAGAGAACUUCCGUGCCCUCUGUACUGGAGAGAAGGGCUUUGGCUACAAGGAGUCCUCCUUCCACCGUGUCAUCCCUGGAUUCAUGUGUCAGGGUGGUGACUUCACAAACCAUAAUGGAACUGGAGGCAAGUCCAUUUAUGGAGAAACGUUUGCAGAUGAGAACUUCACUUUGAAGCAUACAGAGUCUGGCAUCCUGUCCAUGGCCAAUGCUGGAGCCAACACCAACGGCUCCCAGUUCUUCCUCUGCACGGAUAAGACCGCAUGGCUGGACUGCAAGCACGUUGUGUUUGGGAGAGUUGUCGAAGGGAGUGAUGUUGUGAAGAAAAUUGAAGCCUGUGGCAGUAAGUCGGGCAAGACCAGCAAGAAGGUCACCAUCGCAGAUUGUGGGCAGAUCUGAGUCCCAACUGCAUCCUGACACCCUGCCCCGCCGCCACAAAAAAUUAUCAUUCCUAAUUCUUUACAUUUCUUUCCUCAUCUUUUCCUAGUAAGAAUAUACUGCAUUUGGCCUCAGGACUUGUAAACGUAUCAUUGUUCAUUAUGCAUUUUUAUUUUAUUUGAUUGUUGGAUUUCUAGCAGUACCACCAAAGAUUUUGUUCAAUGAAAUUGAGCGAACAAAACUUUCAUAAAGAAUCCACUCCCCUGAAUCUUCCCAAUUAAGUUUCCCCCCUUCAUAAAACAUAAUUAAAAAUUUUAGAUACUUGUGUGGCAGGGCCUGAAUUGAAUUUGCCUGCUCUACUUAAGCAUUGUUUAUUUGAUUCUGAGCUGCAGGAACAUUCACCCUGGUUUGAACUGCUUAAUUAUGCACAUUACAUAAAUUACAUUAAUGUCAUUUGGUAGAUGCUCUUAUCCAGAGUGAAGUAGAGUUGAUUAGACUGAGCAGGAGACAAUGCACCCCUGGAGCAAUGCAGGGUUAAAGACCUUGCUCAAGGGCUGUGUGGAUCUUAUUGUGGCUACACUGGAGAUUGAACCACUGUCCUUGCGGUCCCAGUCAUGUACCUUAACCACUCCUACGCCCCCUCCCCAAAAGUAAAAGCAACAGCCCAGGUCGGCUCAUGUCACCCUGCUUCUCGCUGGCCUCCACUGGCUUCCUAUUGCCGCACGCAUCCGAUUCAAGACCCUAGUGUUGGCAUUUCAGGCUGCUAAGGGGACUGCCCCACCUUACAUACAAUCCUUGAUCACUCCCUACUCCCCAGCUAGACCACUCCGGUCUGCCAGCUCUGGUCGCCUUAUGGUUCCCUCUCUACGUGCACCUGGCGGUCGAGCUGCACGUUCACGCCUGUUUUCCGUUCUGGUUCCUCAGUGGUGGAAUGACUUGCCUCCCACUGUCAGGACAGCAGAAUCCCUCCCCCUAUUUCGACGCAGACUAAAAAUACCUUUUCAAACUCUACCUUAGUCCUCCCUCCUGAUUCCCCCAGCCCCCCCCCCCUUUCUGAUAUCCCUAUCCCCCUUGUCUAACCCCAAAGAUUUUAAAAAAAGAUUUUUUGACUAUAUGUUUAGAACAUAUAAACAUAUAAAGUUUAGAACAGCAUUUCAUGUGUAUUUUCCUAGUUAUGGAUGUGAUGCUUUGACUUGUGGAAGAAACUAUGAAAGUCGCUUUGGAUUAAAAGCGUCUGCCAAAUUACUAAAAUGUAAAAUGUAAUUUUGCUACACUGCUAUAUUCUGCUGUAUGUUCUCUGAUGUAACGAGAAUUUAAGAAGCACCCUGUGCAUUAACUCUGCACCAAUCUUUUGAAUAAACAAAAUGAUUCCAAA